GUUCCACAGGCCAAGGGGAGCCCAGGCGCUCGGACCCUCAAGAUUGGACUCCUUCCAGGGAGGGCUGCCCUGCCACUGGCUAUUGGACUUUUCGGAAGAUGCCACACACUGGCGACUGGGGAAGGAACUGAGUGGGGACGAAAAAGAAAGAAGAAAAAAACAAGCAAGGAGGACGAGGGACCGAUAGAAGAGACCAUGAAGGCUCUACCCAAAAACUCGGGGCGCACCGACCAGAUGCUGGGCGCCAUGGCGGACAUCCUCAGCUCCUUCGCGCUGCCCGGUCAGCAGUGGCUGUCUGAGGUGGCCGUGGAGGACUCAGAACUGACCGAGACGUCGUCCAGUAUGGAGAGUGGCCAGGAUUCGGAGCACUGGGACCUGUCGCAAGUUCUCCUCAAUUCCUCCGGGGGCUUCACCAGAGUGGAGGGGCUCAUGCUACCCCAGGAAGAGUCAUACUCAGUGGCUGGGAGUGAUGGCAGCAUCUCCACGUCAGUUGCCUCCAUCCAGCCGCAGCCCUCCAGCAGCUCAGCGCCCAGCUCUCCCGGGUCCCGCCGCUCCGUCAGCACGCUUAAGAAGUGGCUCACAAAUCCAGUGCGCAAGCUGAGUGUUGGCAGUGCCGCCAAGGUGGAACGGCAGGUGCGGCGCUUGGAAAGCAAGCCCAAGAGGAAGAGUGUGGACGAGGGCCGGAAGAGUGUGGAGCUGAUUGCCCCCGGGCAUCAGGAGGAAGCAGUUGCCAUAAUUCCUGAUGCCAAAGAGCUAACCUCCGGGGGCCUUGCAGACAUCGACAACCGCUGGGACGAGUCCGAGCACCAGGAGGUGGAGAGCCUGGACCUCCAGAUGCAGGUCCCUCCUCUCAGCCCCACACAGAAGCCCCCUGAUGGUGACACCUGCAGCCAUUCAUCAGAUGUGGCGGACACUGAGGAGGAACGUAGGAGUGCCUUAGAGAAGAGCAUGUAUGUCCUCAAGGAGCUCUUAGAGACGGAGAGGAUGUACGUCAACGACCUGAGUCUCAUUGUGGAGGGCUACAUGGCCACCAUGAACUCAAAGGGAGUCCCAGAAGACAUGAAGGGAAAGGACAAGAUCGUCUUUGGGAACAUUCACCAAAUCUACGACUGGCACAAAGAUUAUUUUUUAGGGGAGCUGGAGAAGUGCGUCCACGAGCCGGAGAGACUUGCUGACCUCUUCAUAAAACACGAGCGCCGGCUGCACAUGUAUGUGGUCUACUGUCAGAACAAGCCCAAGUCCGAGCACAUCGUUUCUGAGUACAUCGAGACCUACUUUGAAGAGCUGAAGCAGCAGCUGGGCCAUCGCUUGCAGCUCAACGACCUCCUCAUCAAACCCGUGCAGAGGAUCAUGAAGUACCAGCUGUUGCUCAAGGAUUUCCUGAAGUACUACACAAAGGCUGCUGAGGACACAACUCAGUUAGAGAAAGCAGUGGAAGUGAUGUGCUUUGUGCCAAAACGCUGCAAUGACAUGAUCAACCUGGGCCGCCUGCAGGGAUUUGAGGGAAAAAUCACCGCUCAGGGAAAGCUGCUGCAGCAGGACACGUUCAGCGUAAUGGAGCAGGACUGCGGCUUCCUGUCGCGCGCCAGAGAGAGGCGGGUCUUCCUCUUUGAGCAGAUUGUCAUCUUUAGCGAACCAAUCGACAAGAAGAAGGGCUUCUCGCUGCCAGGCUACAACUUCAAGAGCAGCAUUAAGGUGAGCUGUCUGGGCCUGGAGGAUUCCCCCGAUGGGGACCCUUGCCGUUUCGUUCUGACGUCCCGGGGUGCCGACGGGUCCCUCCAGCGCUUUGUGCUGCAGGCCCGCACCCCCGAGAUCCGACAGGCCUGGGUGUCCGAAGUCGGCCACAUCCUGGAGACGCAGAAGGACUUCCUGAAUGCCCUACAGUCCCCAAUCGAGUACAUCCGGCGUGAGAGCAAGUCCAACAGCCUGGGCAGGGGCAUGCGGCCCCCCGUCAUCGCCCCCAGUCCCGUGCGGCCGCGCUCUUCUGCCUCCAUGGACAGGAGUCACCCGCCCAACUUGCGUUCCUACAAUGCCUCGCUACCAAGCCUGUACCUGCCAUGCCAAAGCGCCCAUGACCCGCAGGUGGUCACUCUGGUGGACCCCCAGCUGAGCCCACACACGCUGUCUCCACAGCACAUCCAUCUGGACCUGGGUAGCAAGGUCCUGAGCAAUGGCCUGCAGAGAUCACCAGAGGUGUCGGGCGAGAAGCACACGGCCACAGAGGGCAAGCUGGACUCAAGCCUGAACUCCUGCAGCCUGGCGCAGCCGGAGGACGCCCAGCUGUGAGCCCACCGGGGCCACCAGGCUGCCUUUCUUUAUCCUCAUGCACUCUGUAAUCCUGCGCCGCACGGACUGGGGGGGUCCAAACCCGAAGCUGCUGCGCGCACAAUGUGGAUUCGACAAUCAGGAGCGGGAUGGCUUGGACAUUGAUGUGCCAGUGGUGGGGGUGGGGGCUCAGUGGUCUGACCUCCUCCUCCUACUCCUCCUCCUCCUCCUCCUCCUCUUCCUCGUCCUCCUCCUCCUCCUCCCCCUCCACGCCCCUUUACCAUAUGCAUGUUGAGAUGCUCCAUCGGCAGGGGACAAGUGCAGUGCCUUCCGCCAGGCUGGGGGGGCCACCUGCCAUCCUUACGAACGCUUAUGCAAUGCGAUCUGCCAUUUCUUUCUGUAUUUGAAUUUUUAUAAAUUUUCAGUGCCCAU